AUGUCCAAUCCCGAAACCCUGUUAAGAGCAGCAAUUCUUGUAGUUUCUACGACAGCAUCGAAAGACCCUUCAACGGAUACGUCUAGCAAGAUACUGGCCGAAGUCUUUGACAAAGAGGGUGCGGGGAAAUGGGAGCUUGUUGAUACAAAGAUUGUAGGGGAUGAGGUAUUGGAUAUUCAAAGGAGCAUCACGGCUUGGACGGAUCGGGAUGAUGCCGUUAAUUUGAUUGUAUCAACAGGUGGGACCGGGUUUGCGGUUCAUGAUAGCACCCCAGAGGCUGUUGCUCCUCUUUUGCAUAAACAUGCACCUGGGCUGGUCCAUGGCAUGCUGACUGCUUCUUUAGCUGUCACUCCUUUUGCCAUGAUGUCGCGGCCAGUGGCUGGAGUACGAAACAAGACGAUCAUUAUUACUCUUCCUGGCUCUCCCAAAGGAGCCAAAGAGAAUCUUCAAUCCGUGCUAAAGCUGCUCCCUCAUGCUUGCCUUCAGGCAGCCGGGGCAGACUCAAGAAGUCUACAUGCCGGGGGCGUCAAGCAGCUAGAGAAACAGGCAGGGGUUGCCGCUCCGUCAAGCCAACACACGCAUUCCCAUGGCCAUUCUCAUGGACACUCCCAUGGACACUCCCAUGGGCAUGGUCACAGCCACCAUGGGCAUGCGAUGCCUGUCAGACAUACAAAUCCUGACGAGAAUCCCCGUUCCAAUGACCCGAGCUUAGGACCAUCUCGACGGAAUCGCUCCUCCCCGUACCCGAUGCUGUCAGUUGAUGAAGCUCUCAAGCUUAUCAAAGAGCACACUCCACCGCCGCUCGUGGUACAGGUCAAGGUCGAUGGGGCGCUGGUAGGCUCUGUCCUUGCUGAUGAUGUUACAGCCACAGAAGCAGUACCGGCAUAUCGAGCGAGCAUCGUGGACGGCUAUGCUGUUAUUGCUCCAGAAGGUAGCAGUUCAAGCAAGGGCACGUUUCCCGUUGUCUCGAUAUCUCACGCUACACCCGGGGAAAUUCCCCCAUUAAAAGCUGGGCAAAUUACGCGUAUUACCACCGGAGCACCUCUUCCUCCUGGGGCUACUUCAGUUGUCAUGGUCGAGGAUACGGUCUUGAAAACCAUGACUGAAGACGGCCAGGAAGAAAAAGAUGUGGAGAUAUUAGCGGGAAAUGUCAAGCCAGGAGAGAAUGUCCGAGAAGUCGGGAGCGAUACCAGACAAGGCGAAAUUAUCUUAAGAAAAGGGGAAGAGAUCUCUGCUACAGGCGGAGAAUUGGGCCUUCUGGCAUCUGUUGGCAGAGCCGAAGUAUCUAUCUAUAGAAAACCCAUCAUCGGUGUAUUAUCUACCGGUGAUGAGAUCGUGGAGCACAACCGACCGGGUGACCUGCGACUUGGAGAAGUUCGCGACUGCAACCGGCCAACUAUCAUGUCCGUCGUACGAGGCUGGGGCUACGAAGUAAUCGAUCUCGGAAUCGCGCGAGAUAAGCCUGGAGCUCUAGAAGGGACCCUCCGUGAUGCCCUUCGCAAGGUCGACCUAAUAGUCACCUCAGGCGGGGUGUCCAUGGGCGAACUCGACCUGCUAAAACCAACCAUCGAGCGCUCACUCGGCGGAACCAUCCAUUUUGGCCGUGUCUCGAUGAAGCCCGGAAAACCCACAACAUUCGCAACUGUGCCGGUAAAGAACAAUGCCGGAGAACGGGUCGAGAAGGUCAUCUUCUCUCUGCCGGGAAAUCCCGUCUCAGCCAUCGUGACACUCCAUCUCUUUGUUCUACCUUCUCUACAUCGCCUCUCCGGCGUUUCUCCAGCUGGCUUGCCGAAAAUACUGGUUACGCUGGAUCAUGGUUUCCGCCUUGAUCCGCAAAGAGCUGAGUAUCAUCGGGCUGUUGUCACAAUGGAUAAAAAUGGGGUUUUGCAUGCAUCUAGUACGGGCGGGCAACGAAGCUCGAGGGUAGGUAGUUUGAAAAGCGCUAAUGCAUUGGUGUGCUUGCCUGCUGGGGAGGGCACUUUAGCCCAGGGGACGAAGAUUGAAGCGUUGUUGAUGGGAAGGGUGAGGAGUGAUCUUGAUGAUUUGUAG